CGCACGAAGAAAAUUUAAUUAUAAUAUCUAGUUUUUUAUUCUUUAACUAAUUAAAAUCGUUCGCAAGUUAAAACGGUGGUGCUAUCAACUCCAUUUUCUAAGUGUAAUAGUAAAUGCUAAUCAAAUAAGAAAAGAAAACGUGAAAAGUAUUGCGAAUUGAAAAAAUAUCGAGUUUUUUAUGUGGUGGUGGUCGUCUUUUUGUCUCCAAAUACCAAACAAUCAAACAAAUCGUAGUCGUUGCAUGUGGGGGUCUUGCAAACUCAACCGGGAGCAGAGCAUUGGGGAGAAACAUUGUCGACAGUGACAGCAUAAGGCUGAGUUCUGAUUUCCAGCUAAUAAGAAAGAAACAAAAAGAAAGCAAAGACGAACAAACAUGGAAUUUUCUCAAGACCCCUAUGAACUGAAAUUGUUCCAAAUGUUUAACAGUUGUGAUAGCCAACAAUGUGGCUAUCUGGAUGAACAGUCCUUAAGGAGGCUUUGUGGCCUCCUAGAACUAAGAGACAAAGAGGUGCUAAUUGACAAUUUGGCAGCCGAGGGACGCACCUCACACGUUACAUUUGAGAAUUUUAAAGAAGCAUUGCUAAACUUCUGGGCACAGAGCUGGAUGGUGCGAUCGUUAGUUAUAUCUGAAAACCCACAACACAACGAUCAGGAAGAAACUUUUAUGGAUAGCCCGCCAGAGUCUUCAGAUCGCGAAGUUUCUCCAAAACUGGUGAUGGGUACUAAGAAAUAUGGACGUCGAUCUAGGCCACAUAAUUCAAAAACUGGAGAUGCCAGUGCUUCGGACUCAGAAGAUUCCACAGAAGAAAAAGACUCCAGCUCACAUCGUGGCUGUAUAACACAGCAAGUCCAGAGAUCUACUUCACAAACCGAUAUACCUGGUACUAGACGACGUCAGACCGUUGGCGUUACUGAAACCAAACUAAAACGUUGUGCUUCGUUGCCGGCGCAAAGGAAUCUAUUCAACCAGAAUAAGACGAAAUUCCAAAACAAAGCAAAAAUUGGUAACGAUUCUUUAAUACAGCUAGCAAAGAAACCACUUAGCAGUAGCGUUGAAUCUCUUGAUACUCCUGGUUUAAUGGAAACACUACCAGUAAAUACCAUAUUGGAUUUAUGGGAACGUUCCAAUAUUCCCAACGGCCGUGGAAUUUUGUUGGCCUUGGGCUUUGACAGUGAUGAUCAAUUGGCCCAAUUGAAUAAAGUGAUGGAAGAAGAAAUACCAAAUUUGGACGAAGAACCUCAGCAGGCAUUGAUGAAGGCCUGUUUGGCCUUGCAGUCGGUGGAGUUGACGAACUUAAGACAAACUUCCAAGCAACUGCAUGAUGAGAAUUCCAAACUCAGGUCAGACAAUAAAGAUGCAAACCGGCGUAUUGCUUUAUUGGCGGUAGAAAUUGAUGAGAGGCAUGCCUCUCUUGAAGAUGCUACCAAAAAAGAAAUACGUCUAUUGGAACAAAAACAUGCCGGUGUUGUUAGAGACCUUACUGCGCGAUUGGCUAGUGACCGAGAAAACUGGUGUAAUCUGAAUUCACGUUUGGAGGCUCGCAUAAAAUCAUUCGAACAAGAUGAAAUUAGAUUUAAAACCGAAUUGGAAUUAGUUCGCAAAGAAAAUGAAGAUUUGGAAUCUGAACAGCAUAAAAUGCAAAAACAAAUCACCGAAUUGUUGGAGAAAAAUAUCGAACUACAACGUGAACUAACCGAUAUGGACGAAAAGAAACAUGCAGGCCAGUAUCGUGAGUCACAUGACAAGAGUAUGGCAGAUGAGGAAGUUUUAACUUUGGUAGACAAAAUCUCAAAACUACAGUUAGAGAACUGUAAUUUACGCGAUAAAAAUGAUGAACUUAUGGCCGAAGUUGAGUCUUUGCAUCAUGAGUUGAAUAAAAUGAAAAUUAAAAGCAAAAAAUCACUGGCAUCACCAGAAGAAGCUACCGUAUCUAACCAAGAAGAAAGCGACUCUAAUUCCGGAAACACAGCUACCAAACGUCGUGGCGAUUCGCCUACAAAAACUAGGCUAAUCGAGGAAAGUCCUCGUUUGGGUAAAUUAAGAAAAUGUGCGAAUGAUGAAACUCACACCGGUAGUGAAAACAGUGAUACCAGUGGCGAAUGGAUGGCAUUAAAUUCUGAAUUGCAGAAUUCACAACAAACCAAAACGUUGAAAAAGGCCCACGAAGAAAUAGAAAGUCUGCGUAAACGCAUUAGAGAUUUAGAGGACGAACUUAAGAUGGCUAAAGAAUUAGCAACACAGAAGGCUAGUGGAGAUGGCACAGAGUCAUCGUCACCCACACCAGAAGAACGCUGUCGUGAGUUGGAGGCUAGCUUAGAACAGAUGCAGAAAGCCUACGAAGACUGCGAAGACUACUGGCAAGCCAAAUUGACAGAAGAAAGAGCCCUCUUCGAAAAGGAGCGACAAAUCUACGAAGAAGAACAACAGGAAAGUGAUAAAAAAUUCACUGAGCUAAUGGAAAAGGUCCGUGAAUAUGAGGAACAAUUCAGUAAGGACGGCCGUCUUUCUCCAAUCGAAGAAAAAGACAUGCUCGAACAACAAUAUGCCGAUUUGGAAGCCGAGGCCGAAGAAAUCCGUGAAAAUGCGCAAAUGUUUGAAGAAAAAUCUCAAGAAAUUGAAAUGUUACAAAACGAAAUUGAAGAUCUCCGUUUGCGUUUGGGUGAAAGUGUGGAGAUUUUGACUGGGGCGUAUGAACUGAAACCAGAGAAUGCCGCCAGUAAUGCCAUGAAUUUGGCUGAAUCUUGCAGCCCCGCCAGCUCCCCUAUCAGUUAUCUGUGGCACCAAAGCACCAUACAGGAACCCUCGAAAAAUUGUCAACAAUCCGUGGAAAACAAUUUACCCACCCUAAUGCCUGUGGCGCCUUUGAGCAAUAAUGCAGUACGUUUGAAUUUAACAACUUCGGAAACUACAAUUUUCAGCACACCGCCGCAGACAUCACUGCAGUCACCGAUAGAAAAGCCCAGUCAGUCACAAUCGCAUAAUACUUCGACCUCCGAAGCGGGAGAUGUGGCCGAUUGUGAAACCUCCUCGACAGCAUCAGGCAAAAGUUUCGAAACGCACAGUAUACAUUCGAAUCACAGCCUUCAGCAGCGUAAUACGCAAUUGGCCACCAAAUCAAAUGCCAGCACAAAGAAUAGUUCAACUAGUCCAACACCAAGUGUAAUGAAAGAAGAACUAAAACGUUUGAAAUUCUUUGAGCUUUCUUUGAAGGAACAGAUUAAGGACUUGUCAUUGCAGAGAGAUGGUUUAAUUAUGGAACUUCAACAACUGCAAGAAGCUAAGCCAGUGUUAGAGAAGGCAUAUGCGAGAACGGCCCAUCCGUCUUUAAUACAAAGAGUAAAUCAAUUGGAAUUGAAAAAUCGUCAUUUACAAAAUGUUAUCAAACAGCAACAGCAGUACACAGACUCUAUAAUGCAACAAUCCUGGCGCAAUCAUCAAAUAGAAUUAAAUGAACUGCAUGAACGUCUUGAAACUCAAGGUAGAUUGAUUGUUGACCAGGUACAGCGUUUGCAAAAGGCCGAUUUUCUCGUCAAAGAUUUGUAUGUGGAAAAUUCCCAUUUAACAGCAUCUGUACAGAGAUUAGAACAACAAAGGGUGCGGGCCAGUAUGCUGCAGCAACAGCCUCAACAAAGACAAAAUUGUUCAGUACUACCAGGAAUGCCUUAAAUUGUUAAGACCUGAUUAAAAAACAGAUAGAUAUUUGAAGUUAAAGGUAAGAACUCGGCAACAAAUAUCGAAAUAUAAAAUGGAAAUAUUCGGAAGGUUGCGAUUCUCAUUUGGAAACCUGUUAUUGCAACUCUGUAUUGAGCACCCUUGUUUAGUUAUAAGUGUGUGUGCUUUACAAUUAUAUUCAAGAAGCACUCAGCCACGCAGAACAAUCUAAGACUUUUUAAAUUAUGCCAUCAAUCAGAACCAAAAUUAUUCCAAUUAUUUAUUACCACAACAAAUGUAACUCGAAAUGGAUGGUCAUCAAUCUGCAAUUGUACUCAAAACGCCUUCCAAUAGACUACAACUCUAUACAAAACUACCAAACACUACAACUUUAGUUAAUUUUAAAAAUAUUUAUUUUCGGUUACAACGAAAUAGAGAAAAAGACAUCUAAUAUGUUCAAUGCCAGAAACAAAGGAAAUCUCUUAGAAAUCCCAAAACAAAAAAUUGAAAAGUAACUCUAUGUUAAAAAUGCGCACAGGAUGAAUGCAAACAAACUAUCAAAUCUACUACUAAAUUACAUUUGCGCAAUUUCUGUUUUAGAUUAAUUCCAUGGUAAUACGAUAUAUAUUCGUACAUAGUUAAAUUAGUAAAUUAAGCCUGCAUAAUAUUUGAAUGUAUUUUUGUUUCUUUGAGAAAUUCUUUAUCUGAACAAUUUACUACUUUUUUGCUCAUUUGUUAUUUUUUAUAAUAUUUAUUUAAACAGUACAUCACUUUGUGUAUAUCCCAUAGAAAAUAUUUAAUAUCAUCAACUUUAAAAAAUUAAUACUCAAUAUUAUUUUAUAUAAGCUUGUAUGAAGUAUAAGGUACCCUCAGAAAGUUGUUACAAAUGGAGUUGUUAUGAUUAUGUGGUCAUCAAGGACUCUUGUUUUCUGUACAUCCCGAAUAUAAAACGGAUGUAUGUUCCAAUUGCUUUCAGUUUCAUUCUCUUUACGUCGAGUACAAUUUGUUUAUUUAAUAAAUUAUUCAAAUUUCGCAACAACCUUUAUUUUAGAGGGUGUUUUAUAUUAUACACAAGCUGCAAUCCGAAUGCUAACAUUAAAUUUUCCUUUAAAAAAGAUGGUCAAAGAUGCACACAAUUAAGAAUUACAGAAUCCACUUUUAUUCUACAGUAUUAAACCGAUGAUAUUAAAAUUCCACCCUAUUCUCUUAUUGUUUCCAAGAAGAAAACUUCUAAAAUAUCUUAUCUUAUCCUAACUUGAGUUUAAAUUUUUAUGCAUUGUUAUGGCAAUUAUGAAGAGUUUUCAAAACUCUUAAAACGUUUUAAAGCUCUCCUAGUUAAAGACAAAAAUAGAAUAUUGUUUUUAUCAAUAUUCAAGUAAUUGGUGAUUGUUUACAUACAUAUAUUCCUUUUUCAUAUUUUGAUUGAAAUUUUAACUCAUUAGAUCUGUACAUAUCCUAAUCAUAACAAAAAAGUAUUAAUAAUUUUAUUAUGUUGUAAAUGUUUGCUCUACCCCUUAACUUUCUUCUUCAUUACGAAAUUGUAAGUAAUAACUAAAUUAUUUUUGUUUUUAAUUUAAUUUCUUAUUGAAUAUCCAAUUUUGUAAAAUGUUUGCUUUUAAGUUUAUCAUUUUAUUGUUACACAAUAAAGAUAAGGAGACAAAUUUUAAAAUUUACUAAA